CACCAGUGUGAAAGGAGGUUGUUGUAUGUUGCUAGAACGUGGAAUACGUCUGUCCUCAUGUUUUUCUGUGAGUUAUGGAAAGGAUUAGAGGACGCCUACACCUAGGCGGAAAAUCUUCUUCUGAGCCUAUUAAACUGAGGAAAAGAAAGUCUAAAUUGUACAACAAAGAUCAUUCUGCUGCAGUACAUAAUGGCUUCUUUGGACCUAGACUCAUCUGGUUUACAAUUGCAUUCCGACUUGUCAACUGUUUCCUCGUGCAGAGCAGCUUUGUCCCUGAUGAGUACUGGCAGUCCCUUGAGGUUUCACAUCGCAUGGUGUUUGGCUAUGGCUACCUGACCUGGGAGUGGACUGAAAGCAUAAGAAGCUACUGCUACCCCCUCCUUUUUGCAGGCAUAUAUAAAAUUCUACAUCUCCUAAGCUGUGACACAGUUCAGCUUUUGGUCUGGCUGCCUCGCUUGGCACAUUCACUUCUUGCUGCUCUGGCUGACAGCAAAUUGUAUUCGCUCAUCCAAGGACUGGAGUCUUCUGAAAUCGCCAGAUGGACAUACUUUUGCCAGCUUUGCUCGUGGUUCACUUGGUACUGCUGCACAAGAACUCUGACGAACACCAUGGAGGCUGUUCUCACCACACUGGCCCUCAGUUACUACCCACUCCCAGGCUCAAAAUCACACAGCAAUUCAAAAUACUUAAUUUUGGUUGCCCUGGCGAUUCUGGUUCGGCCCACUGCUGCUAUUGUGUGGCUCCCCCUAGUAGGGUACCAUUUUUUGCAAGAUGACAAGCUGAAGCUAUUAAUUCACCAUGUCCUUCCCAUUGGUGCUAUAAUACUGGGGAUUUCAACUGUUUUAGACUCCAUUUUUCACGGCAAGUGGAUUGUGGUUCAGUUAAACUUUCUCAAGUUUAACAUCUUGCAUAAUGUGGCAGAGUUCUACGGGUCCCAUCCAUGGCACUGGUACAUAACACAGGGCUGCGUGGUUGUUCUGGGGCCUCAGCUCUUCUUCUUCCUUCAUGGUUGCGUACUGGCCCCAAAAAGAUACAGGAUACUGCUGAUAACAAUCAUCUGGACUGUCUUCAUUUACAGUUUGUUGGCACAUAAGGAGUUCAGAUUUAUUUACCCUGUGCUCCCCUUCUGCAUGGUGUUCUGUGGUUUUUCCCUUGCAAGCCUAAAAACUUGGAUCAGGCCAGCAGUGGGUGCCUUGCUGGUUUCGAACCUGCUGCCUGCCUUGUACACAGGCCUGGUCCAUCAGCGUGGAACACUCGAUGUUAUGAACCACCUUCAACAACUGUGCGACACCACUAACCCCCAGCCAGAUGUCUUUUUCCUCAUGCCCUGCCACUCCACACCGUUUUACAGCCACAUUCACUGCCCCAUUAAAAUGCAGUUCCUGGAGUGUCCUCCCAAUCUGAAUGGAAACAAAAGUUAUGUGGAUGAGGCAGAGUUAUUUUUUAUUGACCCGAAACACUGGCUGGAGAGCACUUUUACCCAGCAGGUUUCACUCCCUUCCCAUCUAGUCUUCUUUGAUGUACUUGAAAAGGAAAUUGCCACAUUCUUGAAAGCAAAAAAAUAUUUUAAAAGUAAAGAGGUAUUUCAUACUCACAUUCCUGAAGGCCGGGUUGGACGAAGCAUCUUUGUUUAUGAAAGACAACCUUGAGUAGAACCUUAUAUUAGCAUUGAGAAUGUGUUUGUGUUCCAUCCAGUUAAUAAUAUAAUGAAUGUUUUUAAAUGAAUUGACUUUUGGUACAUUAUCAAAAUAUAUACUGUCUAUACAUCCUUUUUC